AUGGAAACAGAUCCUUUCUCGUCUGAAGGCAUCAUAGAAUUACAACCUCUGCACCUAGGAUCUGCCGAUGCAUGGUGCGCCGUCGAGUUCGACGCAAGUCCGGAAAAUGAAUUCUUGCAUCUGGCGGAAGUGCCACAAGCUUCCGUACACAAGCUGCAACCUAGCAUCUUGAAGUUAGAACUUGCACAUGACUCCUUGGAACGAAUCGAUGUUGACGACUCAACAUCAACAGAGCCCGAACACACUCCUUCGCAUACAGUAGCUUCUCAAUUCUACGAAGACGACGUUAACAUUUGGACAGCUGUUUUCACAUCUCCAGCCAAAUCAAGACACGAGCUUCUGAGCUGGGACCACUUUAAUGGCCAUAACAACCAGUUACAAAAGCCAAUAUAUUUGACAGAAACGGCGCCAAAAGUAUACGACGCGUUCAUCAGCAGAGUAUGGCGAUCCAAACACGAUACUCGUCUGAAGUAUGCCGAUGUUGACCACAUGCGCCAUGCGCUCGUUAAUCUCAUGCUUGGCCGAAACUCCCGCUUCUUUAUGUGGGACAACACAUCAUCUACCUUCCGGCUGAGCAUUGAUGAUAUUAGUCUGCCGGGACUGACCCCAGAGUUCACACGCACGGUCUGCGGUCGGUUUAUUUCUCUAGGGUCUGACAUCCGGCGUCUGAAGGACUUCUGUGAUUUAUUAAGCACUACUUCAACUGUCUGCGCCUUGCAGAGCUCAAUCGUUCAGGUUGUCUAUGGCAUCGAGCAGCAUUUUGCAGCACAAGUCGCCGGCACCACUACCAUUCUCCAGCUGCACGACAAUGCCGAGCUUUAUAUGGGAAUAGUUGGCUUAUUGUCAAGACUCACUAGCCUUGUUGGCCGUGCGGUUGACGAGAAGACACUCUUGACAGCAGUCCUCGCGGCUCUUGACGAAGCCUGGUUUUCAGCUAGCGACUUUCAAUACACAAUCAAUCUUUUGGCAGCCGCUAUUGUUGAACCUGUUCUACGCAAGAUCAGUGAACAGCUCCGCACGCCUUCAGAGCAAACAUUUAACACGGCUAGUGUGCUCUUGUCAGAUCUACUUCCGCAGGAGAUGGAUGUUGUCAGCGAAACCACCGAAUGCCUUGUCAUUGUGUACAAGCAUGACCCGCAGUCACAACGCCAUGCUGCCAAACCUCUCGAAUCCAUGACAUUGGUGUAUAAAUGGGGAGACAUUGUCGAAAUGCAGCGGCUUGCUGAUGAGCUUGAGGAUAAUCUGAAGGCCUUUCCACGUGGAUCAUACAGCAAUGCCAUACCACAUAGUUUACACGAGGUCUGUUCGAUUUCAGGAUAUCCCUUCCAGGUCGACUUCGACCUGCUGCCGAAUAACUUGAUGUUUGAGGCUGGCAAUAGCGACAAGGAAGAGGCAGCAACUCCGACUAUACGGAACUUGGUCUCCGAAGCACUAAUGUUGGAGCGUGCAGAGAACGAACCGGACCUCUCACCUCUGCAAUCUUUGAAACUGUCCCUGACACCCUCGCUUCAAGCUCAACACCGUGUUGCUACUUACACGCUUCUAAAAACGAUGUUCAUCGAUCACAACCUUACAAUGCAUCUAGAGGCACUUUAUGCAUUCCCGCUUCUGGGCAGUGGCUCGUUCGCUACACGAUUGAGUAGAGCUUUAUUCGACGCUGGCCAGAAUAGUGCGACAGGGCUGAAUGCUGGACUCGGACUCGAUAAUAGGGAGACCUGGCCACCCGCAACUUCCGAAAUACGACUUGCACUUACUGGUCUUUUCUUAGAUUCCGAAAGUCCGGCGCUGAAUCGUGAGGUACUCGAUUGUCUCUCUUUCGCUAUUCGAGAUCUAUCGGAGGAAGAACUGGAGUGCUGUAGGGACGUUCACUCAAUCUACGUACUCGACUUCCUGAAGUUGAAUUACAGUCAAUCAAACCACAUCAUCGAGCUCGUCAUCACUCCGACAAUCCUCGAUAGAUACGAUCGUGUAUUCAGAUUCCUGCUUAUACUGCUUCGACUGCAUGCACUGGCUCAGAAAACGCGGUUGAGGCUCGUGCGUAAACGACAACCGCGAUACCCAUCUACACAGAGCAACAAACUCUGCACGGAGGUCCAUCAUUUUGUCUCGACCCUUGUUGACUUCGUCCUUAAUACAGUGAUAAAGCUUCCGGCCAUGGUGUUCUUAAACCACACGAAGACGAUACAUCAUCUUCUACUUACAGACAAAUACGAGGAGAGUAUGAACAUCGUAAAAAGCAUCAGUCAACUACGCAACUACCACGAGGAGAUACUAGACGAAGUUCUUGAAGGACUUCUUCUGGGGGAGAAGCAGACCAAAGCCUAUCAGUUGACGUGCUCAAUCCUGUCACUUUGUUUGGAGAUUCUGUCUGACCUCACUAGCUCAGAAGCCUCCAGUAUGAGUCGUUUAUCGAAGGAGUUCAGGUCGCAGAUGCAAAUAUGGUUACAUGAAAUCCGGUUCUUAGCUAAAUCUUUAAAGCCAGCGCUACAGAGACUUGAGCACCUCUGCCUUGCCCUCGAUCUAUCUGGAUAUUACAAGUCCUGA